ACCGCCGCCUUCUCUACAUUGUAGAUAAGCCGCCGUUAGUCAUGACUCAGUGAGCGGACAGUGGAGAAAAUGGAAAGUGCUCACGGCUCGAGAGCGUUUCAGCACCACUUCAGCUGGACAGCGCAACAGCUUCUUUUUCGCUUUUUCUUCUCUUUUUUUCCAAACAGGAUCCCGAGGUGGGGGAUUUCUUUUUGAAUUGCACGAGCACCCGUGAUGGAGUUCGUCGAACAGGAAGAAGGCGCAACAUCAUCCGAUUAACAAGACAUAAAACAUUCUGCUUUGGUCCGAGUCUGAAAAGAUGAUGCAGGAAGUCUUGUAAAGCAUUACGCAGUAAAGCAGCCAGCAGCACCGGACAGAACGAAAGUAGCUCAUUGGUGGACAAAGCUCUGUGGGCCCCAGGGACCACUGUUCAUCUCCUUUGGAAAAAAAUAUCCUUUGGACUGCAAAUCUAGUGGAACAGAAGGAUCCUUGAUUUAUGGUUAGCCUGUAAGCCCAGCUAGAGGUGUCUUCAUGGAGGGAAAAAGAGAGGUGUGGCAGAACUGGUGAUACUCUCCAACCGACUACUUCACAAAUCUCACAAGACACUUCUUCAUGGACUCCUAUAGACGCCAUCUAUAAAGUAAGCAGCAGUUUUGAUUAAAAAAGAGAGAACUGAGUAAAUACCGGGCUGCUGAAAUGUCUCUUUCCUUGCUCAGCGUUGGUGGGAGGACCAUCCAUCUUGGUUUGUGUUUGUUGAUUUUUCUGAAUCUCUUCCUGCUCACGUUGGAAGCAAGACCCAAGGGCCCUGGCCAUACACACUUAAACUCAAUUCGCAUUGAUGGAGACAUCUCCCUGGGAGGCCUGUUUCCAGUUCAUGCGCGAGGUCACAAUGGAAAGCCCUGUGGGGAACUGAAGAAGGAGAAGGGCAUCCAUCGUUUGGAAGCCAUGCUUUUUGCUCUGGACCGCAUCAACAAUGACCAUGAGCUUCUCCCUAAUAUCACCCUGGGGGCCCGUAUUCUUGACACCUGUUCGCGAGACACACAUGCUCUGGAGCAGUCGCUCACUUUCGUCCAAGCACUCAUAGAGAAGGAUGGAACAGAUGUGAAAUGUCAGGGAGGGGGAUCACCCAUCAUCACCAAGCCAGAGAGAGUUGUGGGAGUGAUUGGGGCUUCUUCUAGCUCCGUGUCCAUCAUGGUGGCUAACAUCCUCCGCCUGUUUAAGAUCCCUCAAGUGAGCUAUGCUUCCACAGCACCAGAGCUGAGUGACAACACACGCUAUGAUUUCUUCUCUCGAGUGGUUCCUCCAGACACCUACCAGGCCCAGGCAAUGGUGGACAUUGUGCGACACAUGGGGUGGAACUACGUUUCUACUGUAGCAUCCGAGGGAAAUUAUGGAGAAAGCGGGGUGGAUGCAUUCAUCCAGAAGUCCCGUGAGGAUGGAAGCGUCUGCAUCUCCCAGUCAGUUAAGAUCCCCCGUGAGCCCAAAGCAGGUGAAUUUGACAAGAUAAUUCAUCGCCUGGUAGAAAACCCAAAUGCCAGAGUGGUCAUUAUUUUUGCAAAUGAGGAUGAUAUAAGGAGGCUGCUGCAGGCAGCAAAGAAAGGCAAUUUAACUGGUCACCUCUUGUGGGUAGGAUCAGAUAGCUGGGGUUCUAAAAUUUCUCCUGUGCUCCACCAAGAGGAGAUGGCUGAGGGAGCUGUGACUAUCCUACCUAAGCGCCAGUCCAUUAAAGGAUUUGAUCGUUAUUUCACCAGCCGGACACUAGAAAAUAACAGGAGGAACAUCUGGUUUGCUGAGUUCUGGGAGAACAACUUCAACUGCAAGCUCAAUCGACAUGCCUUGAAGAAAGGAUCGGGCAUAAAGAAAUGCACAAAUCAAGAGAGGAUUGGAAAAGACUCAGCCUAUGAACAGGAGGGAAAAGUAAUGUUUGUGAUCGAUGCUGUGUACACCAUGGCCCAUGCUCUCCAUAACAUGCACAAAGACCUUUGCCCUGCCAAGUUGGGACUUUGCUCCAGAAUGGACCCCAUCGAUGGAAGCCUCCUGUUAAAGUACAUCCGUGAAGUGAAGAUAACAGGCAUAGCUGGCAAUCCAGUACAGUUCAAUGAGAAUGGGGAUGCUCCUGGUCGCUAUGAUAUCUACCAAUAUCAGAUAAAUAACAAAACAGCAGAGUACAAAAUCAUUGGCCACUGGACUGACCAGCUCCAUCUUAAUAUACCCGAGAUGCAGUGGCCAGGUGGUAUAAAGCAAAUACCUUCCUCCAUCUGUAGUCAGCCUUGUAAACCAGGCUGGCGUAAGAAGGUUGUAAAGGGCAUCCCAUGCUGCUGGCAUUGCGAACGCUGUGAUGGCUACCAGUACCAGGCAGACGCGUUCACCUGUAAAAUGUGCCGCUUUGACUUGCGCCCCAACAGGAACCAUACAGGCUGCCAGCCAAUCCCAAUCAUCAAGUUGGAAUGGAGCUCACCAUGGGCUGUCAUACCUGUACUCCUGGCCAUCAUGGGCAUUAUGGCUACAUUGUUUGUGGUGGUCACCUUCAUACGCUACAAUGACACUCCAAUCGUGAAGGCAUCAGGAAGGGAGCUCAGCUAUGUCCUACUUACAGGCAUCUUUCUUUGCUAUGCCACUACAUUCCUGAUGAUAUCAUCUCCUGAUGUCGGUAUCUGCUCACUCCGGCGCAUUUUCCUAGGACUGGGGAUGAGUAUUAGCUAUGCUGCUUUGCUAACCAAGACCAACCGUAUUUAUCGUAUUUUUGAGCAGGGAAAGAUGUCAGUGAGUGCCCCACGCUUCAUAAGCCCCGCAUCCCAAUUGUUGAUCACAUUCAGUCUGAUCUCAGUUCAGCUAUUAGGUGUUUGUAUUUGGUUUGUAGUGGACCCUCCUCAAGCUUUUGUUGACUAUGAGGACCAGCGCAUGGCAAAUCCAGAGCUUGCACGGGGUGUGCUCAAGUGUGACAUCUCUGACUUGUCACUCAUCUGCCUGCUAGGGUACAGCAUGCUGCUAAUGGUCACAUGCACAGUCUAUGCCAUAAAGACACGUGGGGUGCCUGAGACCUUCAAUGAGGCGAAGCCCAUCGGCUUCACCAUGUAUACCACCUGCAUUAUCUGGCUGGCCUUCAUACCCAUCUUCUUCGGCACGUCACAGUCCACGGAAAAGAUGUACAUCCAGACAACAACUCUAACCAUCUCAGUGAGUCUGAGCGCUUCUGUGUCUCUGGGACUGCUCUAUAUCCCCAAAAUCUAUGUGGUGCUCCUCCACCCUGAGCAAAAUGUGGCUAAGCGGAGCACACGCAGCUUGAAGGCUGUGGUCACUGCCGCCACCAUGUCCAACAAAUUCAACCCGAAGGCCAGCCUGCGGCCUAAUGGAGAAGCCAAGACCGAGCUGUGUGAGAACCUGGAAACUCAAGGCCUUAGCCCCAAACAAACAUACAUCAGCUAUAGCAACCAUGCAAUCUAACAAAAAGUAAAAAAAAAAAAGGCUGAUUCCUAAGAGUGACUUGUGGAAGACAGCCUCAUAAGGUGAACCAAUCUUCUGGUUUCCAGAUGGAGGAGAGAUUUGAACAGAGCCUGCUGACUCCAUACAUACCUUCUGGUCUAAGAAGAUCAUGAGAAGACCCUGAGGGAAAUGUGGGAAGUCCAUGGUGUUUCAGUGAUGGUACUGUAUGUCACAUCAAUUUCUGGCAUCUGGCAGAAGUGACCCCAUGCUGGAACCAUCUGCAAAAUCUCAUUACAACUUCUUUUGUCAUCUGUCUUAUAAUUUGAUGUCAUUUCUGAAGUGACACCAAAAUAACUACCAGGCUUCUACAUAUCACUUUCAGGUGUUCACACAUAGGGGGAGUGGCUGAGAUCUCUCUUUCCCAGCAGGGGUUCUCAUGUUUUCCUCUUGGUGAUGGUGACAAGAGCAAAAUCCAUUGUUUACAGAUGUUGAGCAUGCUGGUUUGGUUUGGGCAUCCUGUGUUGUGUUUUUUUUUCUUUCUUUCCUUUUGUUAACAUUUCUGGAAUGCAUUUAAACCAUGUUGCUGUGCUCUUAUCACACUAUGAGCCCUUAUGAUAAACUGUUUUAGGUGUAAGGAAUUUUGGGGUAAUGUUCGCUUGUGCUUGAGUACGAACCCUUUAUGAAUUCUAACUAACCCUGCGCUGUGGUCCAAAAAAAACCUCCAAAUAUAGCUAUCACUGCCAACUGUGCUUUGGCAAAAUGUCGAAAUCACAAUUUAGUACUUAGCUCAUUAAAGAGUAUUUUAAGUCCCCUUGUUGAUGAAUUACUCUUAGAAAGUAAGAGUCAGGAUUAAAAAACUAAAAUCAGGAUUAAAAAACUAAAAUCACAAGUUUCCUAUUCUAAUGAGCCAUUUGAUAAGAGAAAAUUAAAAGCAGGAUGCAUAAGGAAUGGAAAAAGAUAUUAAUUUCAAGAACUGUCAAGUGAUAUAUUGCAGCAAUGCCUUUUGUGGAUGUCCUGUGAAAUUAAGAUUCACCGCCUAUGAUUUCUCCUCUGUUUAUUUUUGCACUUUUUGUGUUGCUGAAUGCAAUAUGUUCAUACUGACCGUGCUAAAUAGCAACUUAAUGUGUGUUCCGGUAAUGUUUGCAUUUGUCUAAAAAUGCGGAAAAAAAAAAAAAAAAAAAGAUAAAAAAAAAAUACAAAAAAAACCAAGAAGAAGAAGAAAAAGAAAAAAAUAAAUAAAUGGUGCCUGUACUAAAGUAUUUGUAAAAUAUG